UUCAGACUGUUCUGUAAUGUACUGUUGUGCUCUGGUGAUACCAUCAUGUUGAUCAAAACCAGAAUCUACAAUACACAGAAAUAUGUCAAGAUAAAAGAGCCAAGCCUUGAGGAAUUCUUAAAUUCUGCUUUCUUGAAGUUCUCAGUUCCGCCAGUCAAUGGUGUCAAGGUUUUUGAUGAAACAGGAACUGAAGUGGAUGCAGAGGUCUUCUCUGACAUAGCGCAGCAGCCCAAUACUGGCAUACUAACCAUCAAGUUUGAUGACGAUUUAAAGGAAACUUUGCACAGCAGUUCCCAAGAAGCAAAUUCCAGUGCACUGUCUACUGGUAGUGGUGAUGACACAGUCAUCCUCGAAAUUGUGUCCUGCAACUCAGAUGACACAAUCAUACUGGAGGAGAGUGACAGUCCACCCAGAAAGCGACAGAGGGCAGAUGAAGAGGCCAAACGUGUGGUUGAAUUGGCGCUAAGGAGACCUGGGGGCGACCGUAUCAUCAAAGAGUACCACCGCACUAAAAGUCUGACCGACUCCUCACGCCGACAAAUGGUCAACAUACUUGUGGCUGAUAUGACAGAAGCACAUGGGACGGCCCCACCACGGAAUGUGAGAGAGAUGUACGCUCGAGGCAUAGUUCAGCUCUUCCCGUACUUGAUGGAUCCCUACUCUAAAAAUGGAUAUGUAAGCUUUAUAAAGGGUUUGCAGACUGAGAUCAAAUGA